GAAACAUACACAUUUCACAUUCUGGGCCGAAGAUGGGAUGAGAAGAUAUUCUCAGAAGAUGCGAUAUUUAACAUCACUACAAAUGAAGAUAAUCCAAAGGUGUGUUUAGAUCUCAACUCUGGCAGUAACUACGUGGUGAAUAUUACUACCAUCUCUUCCACAGGCAUCACUGUCUCAGUUACAGUAGCAGUUCAAACAAAGGUAAAGGAAGCUUUCAAUAAUGUAUUAAUUUUUAAUGAUACCUGCUUGAAGUGGCGGAGAAAUGUCAGGGGGACUGAAGCGGAAGAUACAUACUCAUUGCAUGUGCAAGGCUGGCGUUGGUAUCAGAAUGACUUCUUUCAUGAAAUGACCUUCAACCUUACCACACACAAGCAGGUUCCAGAAGUUUGUUUUGAUUUGCAGCCAGGCACCAAUUACUCUAUUAAUAUUUCCAUGAUAGCGUUGAAUUUUUCACGUCUCGUUUCCAUGACAACGCAAAUCAAAGAUCCCCCUUUCCCAGAUGUAGAAUUUGUUGCAGCAAAAGGUUCUGCACCCUUGCUCAGACUCCGGAAAGCAGAAGAUCGAAAUGGACCGAUCAGCCUUUAUCAAGUGAUUGUGCUUCCUCUGGGUUUGCAAAACACUUUUAUUUGUGACUCCUUUGCUGCUGCAACUUUCUUUAGUAACACCACUGAUGUUAAAGGAUAUGUGGCAGCUGAAUUUCGGGCGAAGGAUGUUGCUGAUAACAUGUCAAUUGCUCUUGGAGACAGACAUUACUACGGGAAGUUUUAUAAUGCUCCUUUAAAGAUGGGAGAAGAGUACUGUGUUUUUUUGAGAAUAAUAAGUGAGUGGAAUAAGGUGAGAAGGCAGUCCUGUGCUGCUUGGGCACAAAUUAAAAAGUUAUCACCCACGCUGCAAUACAUGACUGCUGUUGGAUUAGGGUCAGUUGCUGCUGUCUUCCUUAUCCUGUUCCUGUCAUUCUCAGCAGCACGUUCUUACCUUCACAGUGCAGUGCACUCCCCGCCUGCUGCUUUAGGCUGCGAGGCUGUACAUUUAUCUACUACAAUGGACGCGGCACGAACAGGGAUUACGUCAUCACUUCUAGAGACUGAAAAUUUCUCUCUUCUCUGA